CAGUCAUUGUCCAAACCUGCUUUUUUCCGACAAAAUUCAGAGAGGAGGAACUUCAAACUACUGGAUACUAGGAAGCUGAGUCGAGAUGGAACUGGGUCACCUUCCAAAACCAGCCCCCCCUCCACUCCCAGCAGCCCAGAUGACACUUUCUUUAACCUUGGAGACCCACAGAAUGGCAGGAAGAAGAGAAAGAUCCCCAAGCUGGUGUUGCGAAUCAAUGCCAUCUAUGAGGCCCGGAGAGGGAAGAAACGCGUGAAGAGGCUGUCCCAGUCAACGGAGAGCAACUCAGGAAAAGUGACAGAUGAGAACAGUGAGUCUGACAGUGACACGGAAGAGAAGCUAAAAGCUCACAGCCAACGCCUGGUCAAUGUGAAGUCCCGCCUGAAGCAGGCCCCCCGGUACCCACCACUGGACCACGAGCUCAUCGAGUACCAGCAGAGGCAGCUCUUCGAGUACUUUGUGGUUGUGUCUUUGCACAAGAAGCAGGCCGGGGCUGCCUACGUGCCGGAACUCACCCAGCAGUUCCCUCUGAAGUUGGAAAGGUCUUUCAAGUUCAUGAGAGAGGCUGAGGACCAGCUGAAAGCUAUUCCCCAGUUCUGUUUCCCUGAUGCCAAGGACUGGACUCCUGUCCAGCAGUUUACCAGGUAUGUGCUGGCACCUCCCCUUCCCACCCCAAAGACUAAGACACAGCUACCUGAACCACUGGACGCCAGACUCAAGAAGAACCGACUCAGAAUCUUGGAUGAGGUGGAAAAAAGAAGAGGCAUCUCUCCUGCCCUGGUGCAGCCUCUCAUGAGGAGCGUCAUGGAAGCCCCUUUCCCAGCCCUGGGCAAAACCAUCAUUGUCAAGAACUUCUUGCCAGGUUCAGGAACUGAGGUGAUUGAGCUGUGCCGCCCGCUGGACUCCCGGCUCGAACACGUGGAUUUUGAGUCUCUCUUCUCCUCUCUCAGCAUCCGCCACCUGGUCUGUGUUUUCGCCUCCCUGCUUCUGGAGAGGAGGGUCAUCUUCAUUGCAGACAAGCUCAGUACCCUGUCCAAGUGCUGCCAUGCGAUGGUGGCACUCAUCUACCCGUUCACCUGGCAGCACACCUACAUCCCCGUGCUGCCUCCUGCCAUGAUCGACAUCGUGUGCUCGCCCACCCCCUUCCUCAUCGGGCUUCUCUCCAGCUCGCUGCCACUGCUCCGGGAGCUGCCGCUGGAAGAGGUCCUUGUAGUUGACCUCGUGAACAAUCGGUUCCUCAGACAGAUGGAUGACGAGGAUUCCAUUCUGCCCCGGAAGCUUCAGGUAGCCCUCGAACACAUUCUGGAACAAAGGAAUGACCUGGCUUGUGACCAGGAUGAAGGGCCCCCAGACUGCAAGCACGGCCCCGAGUCCAGCCCCUUGAACGAGGUGGUGUCUGAAGCCUUUGUCCGCUUCUUCGUGGAGAUUGUGGGCCACUACUCCUUGUUCCUGACGUCAGGCGAGCGUGAGGAGAGGACCCUGCAGCGAGAGGCCUUCCGCAAAGCUGUCUCCUCCAAGAGCCUGCGCCGCUUCCUGGAGGUCUUCAUGGAGACCCAGACGUUUCGGGGUUUCAUCCAGGAGCGGGAGUUGCGCCGGCAGGAUGUGAAAGGUCUGUUUGAGGUCCGAGCCCAAGAGUAUCUGGAAACUCUCCCCAGUGGAGAGCAUAGCGGUGUCAAUAAGUUCCUGAAGGGACUAGGCAAUAAAAUGAAGUUUCUUCACAAGAAAUAACCUUCAGCUCAGCCUCAAGGGAGAACUUCCUCCUGGUGAGACCACAUGUUUUAAAAGCAGUUCCUGGUGGCCUUUCUGAAAGGUGGGGUCCUUGGUUGUCCCGGUGCUGGGAUAGAGACGAGGACGGUGUCCAGCCCCACUGGGCUCUCUCGGGACCGGGCCUGAAAGCCACCCGGGAGGCGCCGCUUGUCCAGGACAGCACGGGAAAGGGAGCCCGAGACCAGGCCCAUCGCUGAUGUGCCAGUGGACUGUUUCAGUGGUUGGUUGUCGGAUUUGGGGUUUUUUAAUCUUAGACAUUAAAAAAAAGAAAAGUG